AUGUCUCCCAAAUUCGCCAUCUCCACCCUGUCCCUGGGGACCAACCUCCACCACGAUCUGCCGACCAAGAUCCGGGUCGCGGCGGAGCAGGGCUACGACGGCGUCGAGAUCUUCGUUCCGGACUUCGAAGCCUUCGUCGAGGAGGUCGCGCAGGGCCGGCACCAGGACCUGCUGCCGCGCCCGCUGACGGACGCGGACGACCGCGAGAUCGAGUGCGCCAAAGCCAUAGGGGCGCUGUGCACCGCCCACGGAUUGAGUGUCCCUGUCUUCCAGCCGAUGCGCAACUUUGAGAACUUCGACUCCCCGCGCGCGCUUGGGGGCGGGGGUCUCCCUGCUGCGCUGGCGGCGGCUGAGCGGUAUAUCCGGCUCAUGCCGCAUCUGAAGACCAAUCUGCUCCUCGUCUGCUCCAACUUCAUCGAGCCCGAGGACCACCCGUAUGCGCCGUAUGAUCCGGAGACGGCGCCGCUGCCCAGCUUCAGCCAUGCCUCGUCGGAGAGGACUGUUCCUCCCGGUCCGGCGCCGUCGACGUACUACCCGGCGCUGACCCAGGCCCAGUUGGAUCAGUACCUGGACACGCAGGUCGCCGCGUUCCGGGAGCUGGGCAAAGUCGCCGCCCGGUACGGUGUGCGCGUCGGAUACGAGGGCCUGGCGUGGGGGACCGUCGUGGACAACUGGGAGCAGGUCUGGGACGUCGUGCGCCGCGUGGGGCGGGACAACGUCGGGAUCAUCCUCGACUCGUUCAACCUGCUCGGCAACGAGUACGCGGAUCCGACCGUCCCCUCGACGUUCCUGCGCGCCCCAGAAUCGAUCUCGCCGACGCCGAUACCCGCCGCGGGGCCCCCGCUCCCGGCUGCGUUCGCCGGGGAGGGGAGCAACCCGACGCACAAGGCGGUGCUGCAGAACCUCGCGGUGCUGGCGCGCACGAUCCCGGCGCACAAGAUCUUCCUGUACCAGGUCGCCGACGGCGCCGCGCCGUGCGAGCCCCCGGCGACGAUCCCGGCGGCCCCGCGGGCGCCGGCGCGGAUGACCUGGUCCCGCGCCUCGCGGCUGUUCCCCUGCGAGGAGGACCGCGGCGCGUGGCUGCCGGUCGUGGACAUGAGCCUCGCGAUCACGCAGGCGGGCUACCCGUCGACCCGCCCACAGGACGACGGCGCGUGGUGGAGUCUCGAGGUGUUCAAUCGCAGUCUGUCCGAUUCCCGCCCCGAGUGUGUCGAGGAGCACGGCGCGCGGGGCAUCGCUGGCCUGCGCACGCUCUGGGAUCGCGUGUCGAAGCGCAUCAAGGCGGAGUGCGAGGAACCGCCCAGCGCGGUGUUGUGA